AUGGCAAUAGUCGGGACCAACAUAAGACUCACGAUCAUUCGUGUGUUCAGGUGCUCUCGUGACUCGGUAGUGUACAGCAAUCCUCUGGCCCACUUCAUGGAUACCAUCGAGCAUCGCUAUCGACGUAUCCCUCACGAAAGCAACAGCAUCUUGGUCCUCGAGGGGUGGUCAGACCUUGGUCAGGAUGAGGCCUUGGCUGUUGAAGCUGUGUUGGAGCACUUACCCUGUCGCGGUCCGAUGGUAUGUCUGGUGCCAGUAAUUUCUAAGGAAGACUCUCCAGCUUUCGCUGACGGCUACAUCGAACUCGGCCCUCUUGACGACGCCCAGCGAUUGGACUACUUCUCUCGGUGCCUGUCAUCAUGCGCUACGCGUACUGCUGUUGACCUUACGGAGGGAAUGCUCAUCUGCGAUCUCGCAAGUGUGUACCGCUUCGCCUGCCUGAAGGCGAUCGAUGGUGGCCGCGAUAGUCCCUCCUGUACUGACGUGGUCCGAGCAGUAGCUCAGCUCCAACGGAAGGCCUCUGAUGUUCCUCCAGUGUUGGCUGGUCGGCCGUGUCUCUGCGACGGUGGGAACUCAGAGACGAUGGUGAAAGUCUCUUCCCCUCUGGAGGAGUUCUUCGGCUCAAAGCCUCAAGUGGCUCUCCUAAAGGAUUCUGUCGUGUCUAAAUUUGGGCCAGGUCUUCCUCGUGAUUUCCACAGCAUUCUUAUCACUGGAGCUUCGGGAUCUGGUAAGACGUUUCUAUCGAAUCUCCUUGCUCGAGCCAUCGGAGCUCGAUCGGUGCUCCGCUUGAAGGCUUCGGACAUUCUAUCCAGCUUGGUGGGUGCUUCAGAGGCCAAACUUGCUAAGCUUCUUAGUGACAUUCGCAAAGAGCCAGGCCCCUUCGCUAUCCUCAUUGACGACGUCGAGUCUCUUGCUCCCGCGGACGUGGGCAGUGUGAGCGGUACCGUUCAACGGUUGCUGGUGACUUUGCUGCAGUAUGGCAUUGACGACGCCGGCUGGGGAUUGUUGGCCAUGACUACUGUUGACGCUUCUAAAGUCCAUUCAAGAUUGCGGGAGAAAUGCAUAGAGGUCCAACUUGAUGCAACUCUUGAUCCCAUCACAGCCGAGAGACUUUAUCAGAAGAGUGCACAGGGUCUGCCACUCCCAGCGACGGGCCUCGGUUUUCUCUCGCCGGCUGAGAUUGUGUGGAAGGCGAGAGAGGCCGCCUGUGAUGCUGUUAGAAUGAAGGUCGAUGGAAAUGUUAGUGAUCUUUGCAACGUUUCUUCGUAA